UCGAGGUUUUUGCACGCACUCUUGUCGAAAGAAUUCGGAAAAUGCUGAACGAACGACGGAGGGGAUUGGCGCUCAGUGUCACGUACAUGUUGUUUAUUAUUAAUCAAGCUAUGACGGAUGGGCCCAAAUUCGUCGAACCAAUACCUAACGUUACUGUCGCGUUGGGCAGAGAUGCCAGUUUGCCAUGUGUUGUGGAAAACUUGGGAACUUACAAGGUGGCAUGGAUUCACAUCGAUCGACAAAUGAUUCUGACUAUACAUCGUCACGUGAUAAGUCGAGUGCCGCGGUUCAGCGUGUCGCACGAUAACGCGAAAACGUGGCUACUCCACGUGAGCAGCGUCCAGAAGGAAGACAGGGGAUAUUAUAUGUGCCAAGUAAACACGAACCCCAUGAUAAGCCAAGUGGGAUAUUUGCAAGUAGUAGUUCCGCCAAAUAUCAUUGAUAGUUUAAGCACACCAUCGAACGUGGCAGUUAGAGAAAAUCAAAAUCUCAGUUUAACGUGCAAGGCUGAGGGAUUCCCGACACCAAAAAUCAGCUGGCGAAGGGGCGACAGUCAGGAAAUUACCAUUGAUCGAAAAAAGAAAGUGACAGUUUACGAAGGAGAACAGCUGAAUCUGACCCGCAUAAGCCGCACGGAGAUGGGCAUAUAUCUCUGCAUCGCCACAAACGGGGUCCCUCCAUCUGUCAGUAAACGAAUUGUCGUUGACGUUGAAUUUCCACCUAUGAUUUGGGUCCCCAAUCAAUUAGUGGGAGCUCCAGCGGGAACGGACGUCGCGCUGGAGUGCCACACAGAAGCUCACCCGAAGGCAAUCAGUUACUGGGUCAGAGAUAACGUAAUGCUGCUGCCGACUAAGAAAUACGGAGCCGAGACUACGGAAAAUAGCUACAUGGCUCACAUGAAAUUGACCGUCCGGAACCUCCAAACGGUCGACUUCGGCAACUAUCGCUGCAUCUCGAAGAAUUCCCUCGGGGAAACGGAGGGCUCUAUCCGGCUCUACGAAAUUCCAUUACCAACAACCCCAACCAAAGCAUAUGAGAUGCGAAGCCAAGCUCACCGAGAAAUUUUUCUAGGUCCGUCAAAACGAAACAAAACCCUUCCACCCGAAGAGAGGAGUAAAAUGAAAGUAAUGUCUUCAUCUGAAAACGACAUUCUGACAGAACUGGAUUUGGCGCCCAAGUCCGAAUAUGGCACGGGCAUGCACAAAUCGUCGAGUCAACAAAGUUCAGGCUGCGUCAGCGUCGCCAGAUGGUGGCUUCCACAAUUGGCAGCUGCGAUCCUUCAUUGUUUUUCCGCCGGCCCGUUUAACCUUUUGUAAAAUCGAUGGAACACCAACAGUAACGUUGUUAUUAGACUAGUCAUUAUGAUAUAGACUGAAUAAAUUUCGGGCUCAAUUAAGUUUUACUACCGUAAAAAAUAAUAAUAACCUGUCGUUUUGAUAUCCAUGUGACCGUUCAUUUCAACGUUUAGAGAUUGCUUUUAAUAGUCGAAGCUGGAUUUAUAUGUACAGGGUGGCCCGUUUACUAUCAGAGAACCUAUAUGAAAUAUCAAAAAACUUAGAGAUAAAAGUCGUGCUUUCAUUUUUGUAGACUUGUUUUAAAUACAACAUUUUGUAUAUUAUGGCAUUUUUGAAAUCCACUGAACAUUCAGACAUAUUUCAUAUACAAUUAAGUACUUGUACGAACUUCAAAGGGUGAAUCUCCGACUAAUAUUGAAAUUCAACGUUUUCAUUGUCAAGUUGGUGUCAAGUUUUCUGUUAUUAGCGGACUGCGUUUUUUUUUUAAAUCCAGUGUUUGGAGAAUUUCCUCACUCUCCGGCGUAGUUUGGAGCAAAUCAACAAUGCUCUCUAAAUAAUGCUUGCAGCUUAAUACAGGCAAGUGCAAUGCAGCGUUUACCGCCAUGGGUGUAGCUUUUUGUGACCGGAGUAAUAUUCGAAAUUAUCCUUUGUUCUCAUGUUAACAUGCUUCAAAAAACUAUGCGUACGAUAAGCUGUGCUAGAAACUUUAACAAUACGGAAUUAAUAAAAAAUAUGACAUAACUCAUAGGACAAGUCAUAGUUGCAUAGUUGCGUAGUUACAAUUGUCACAUUAAUAGCCUGGAAAAACAUCUGCGGUUUCUAAACUAUGUAAUGUAUAAAAAUAGAUGGAACACCAACAGUAACGUUUGAUAUUAGCCCCUAAAUGCACAUAAAAUACAAAAAAAAUCCGUAAUUUUUUUGGCAAAUGUGCUUAUUUUAACUAAUUUAGGCAAAAAAAAAUAUUUUAAUUGUGUAUGGUAAAUUUUAAAAAAGGGUACCACGUCGCACUCGCUGCUUUCCUGAUUUUUGGCCCGUUCUGCCUUUUCUUGAACAACAUACUGCCCAAAUAAAUUAUUUCAAAAUUUUUAAAUUUAACCUUCCUGAUAACAAAUACUCCUUCCAAUGGCAAAUUCUUCCAAAAAUGGAACAACACGUGUUCGCAAAAUAUUUGUAUAACGAACGGCUGUCAGAUUUUCGUUAACAUUGAAUCCAAAGCGACCUUGCCGAUUUUAAUACACUACAACAUGAUAAUAAAUAACUGUUUCUGUUAAAUAUUCCGGAACAGUGAAUUCUCGCUUCAUCGCACCAAACAAUACACAAUGGAAAUUUAUUGUUCUGAUUGCAUUUUCCGAUAAAUCUGUUGCAAAACUGUAUUCUUUUGCAGACAUACCCUCCACGUCAUUGGUGGACUUUUCUGGUAAGGUACAGCUGAAAUUCAUGUUUUCUUAAUGUAAUCAAAACUUUAGUUUUUUUAGCAUUUGUUGUGUCAAUACUUCUCAUACUUAUCAAACUCUUGGCUGGAUCCUUCGGCAGUGCGUUUUACCAGAAACCGAAACUCAAUUUUACGUAAUUGACGCGCGUUUCGCCAACCAAGUUGGCAUCUUCAGGAUUAAGAUUAAAACUCCCAUACUUGUCUAAUUAUUCCUUAUUAAGUGGUUUAACUGGUCAUAAAUAUUCGCUUCUUUGAUUAUUGCCGCUCUGAAUAUGUAUUAUCAUAUCUAAAAUAAUGUCCUUAACUGAUUUACUACUCAACAUAAACAAAAAGUGCCCUACAUCACAGAUACCAACAAAUAUCUGACACGGGCAUUUUUUAAAAACCAUAGAACACUAUGAUUACUAUAUAAAAUAAGAAAGUUGUUUGCAAAAGGGUCGAAAAUUGAAAAACGCCCUAUAUCUUGCGUGGUAGUGAAGAUAUCAUCAUGCGGUUUUAACAAUUAUUUGUGUUUCAAAAAUCGAGCCCCUUGCCGAUUUUGCUCUAUCUAGUUCAGAAAUAGGUUUUUCCUGUCGAGACCUCCCUGUACAGGCUGGCUCGUUAAUUGUCUCAUAAAAUAUAAAAGUAUCAAACAACUUAGAGAUAAAAGUUGUACUUUCUUUCAACUGACAAUUGUCUUGUUUUAAAUAGAACAUUCUGUAUUUUAUGAUAUUUUUGAAAUCCUCGCAUAUUUCAUAAGCAGAGCGUUAAUUAAAUACUUUAAAGAGUGAAUCUUAAUUAUUUUCAUAAUUCAAUAUUUUCUGACAUUUUUCCGUUUUAUGCUGAUGAUGUUUUUUUUUAAUCCAGUAUUUAGAGAUUUUUCUCACUCUCCUACGUAGUUUGGAGCAAAUCAAUAAUCGGUUGUUAAAUAAUGCUUGCCAUAAUACAGCCAAGUGCGAUGCAGUGUCUUUUACCGCCAUGGGUGUAGUUUUUUGUGACUUGGUAGUAAUAUUCGACUCGAAACUAUCCUGGCUCUGGAUUUAUUUGACGUUGCACUAGAGAUUUUAGCAAUACAGAAGUAAUAAAAAUAUAACUAAUAGUUAGAAUAUGCAUCAUUAAUUUGGUCUCCUGGACGCAACUGUCACAUCAAUAGCCCGGAAUAAUAUUAUGAUUGCUUAUGUGUCUCAUAGUGAUCGGUCAUGAUUGCCUUUAUUUAAUGACUAUUUAAAAUUUUGUUACUACAACUUGCUUGAUUGUAUGUAUAACAUAGACCACAAACUCUAGACAUAGUAACACAUUCUUUCUGCCCAAACCAAGAAAUAUUUUAAAAUUUUCACCUACUUUUUCAAUGUGCUCCAAAUACAUUGCUCGACUUGACUUUGAAUAAUUGACUGUAAUUAUAAAUUUCAGCCUUUUCUUCUUAUUUUGUUCUUUCUCAUUAGAAUUGUGUUAGCUUAGGUUUCGUGCUGUAAUUAUUCUAUUGUUCAAAAACGUGGCAAUUUUUAAAAUAGAGGGUGAUAUUUUUGUGAAAUUGCUGCUGCUACUCUACUACUGUUUUGCGCAAAAAAUUUUGAGAGGUUAGCACCCCGUAUAUUUGAGACUGAUUUUCUUUUACUGCAAUGGUUUCUAUUGAUGGUUCAAAAAUAAAUAAAUACAGGGUGAUCAUCUUUCAAAUAUAAUUUUUUAGUAUUUGACUUUUAAAACAGUUGUUAAAUUGGUGGAGCACCAACACUUGUUUGUUAUUAGACUAGAUAGUUAUUAUGACAUGGUCCGAAUAAAUUUUGAGUUCAAUUAAGUUUUACGACCGUUGAAAAUAAUAGUAUAAUAAAAAUGGGCAGUCAUUUAUUACGCGAACCCGUCGUUUUGAUAUUUAUUAAUUUUAACGUCUAGAAUUUCAUUUGGGUUUCGGCAAACUGGAUUCAUAAUGUUCAGUACCGGGUAACCCGUUUUGUUACAAAAAAAAUUUUAUUUGUUUUUUUGAUAAUAUUUGUGUUCAGUAAUGUGGUAAUUAAUAUUAAGGCUAAUUUAUAACAACAGGCAUAUUUCGAAUCAAAGAACUAAGAAAUUCGCACUCACAGUUCAACUUUAAUCGAAUAAACAUAAAAUCGAUAUCGUUUUUGACCAAUCCUGUAAAUCUAUACAUUAAAUAACUUUUAGAUUCCAGGGUUGCCAAAUCUAUCGACAUUCGUGUUAAGUUCGGGUGGUUUAGUAGUAGCAUUUUUGUAUGCAAGAUCUCAUCUAGAGAUACUAUGAGUACAGUUUUUAUAGAAUGAUGCUCAAAUGGGCGAUAUUUUGAAGCUGUUUUAAGUUCUUUACCGUGUGAUUAAAUGGGAACUACCCAACUUAUAAGCUAAUGUAUACGUAUUAUCGAUACAUAUCUGACGGAAGUAGUAGGUAAAUAUAUAUGCGAAUAACUCUGAAACUACCACAGUUCGCUCAAUUUACAAUCAGAUACUAUAAAUUACAAAAUGUAUACCAUCAAUCAACAUAUGUCAAUUCUGUCAAGCUGCAUCAUGCAAACUAAAGUAAGAAAAAUAAUUUUAUUUAGGAAUCAUUAUUUAGGUUAAUGUUAAAUAGGAAAUUAUUAAUUAUUUACUUAUAUUGCCAUAUUACAUUAUUAAAUAACAUUUUCUACAUAUCUGUCAAAUCGAAUCUAAUCCAAUGUUUACGGUUUCGGGUCUGCUUUAUAGCAAGAUUGCCGGCUCUAACAAGAACAUACAGCAACAUGGUUAUCUUAUCAUAUAUUUUAUUAUAUUUUUAGAUUCACUGCUUUCUCCACAGGAAGCUGAAAUUUCAGUUGUAGUUUAAGAAAGCUCCGCAUAAUUAGACUUAUCCAGAUAAAUGUAUUCUAUGGCGUACGGGGUCGCUUAAAAUUAACGAUCCUGAAAAUCGUCAAAACUUAAUUUUUUCAAAUAUUAUUUAAAAUUCCGCAAGAUAAUUAAUUUCUACCUUAAUAUUUUUAAUUUCCCUAAAAUUCACUUUUCACAAGAUGCGAUCUUUCAGGCAAGUUACCUCAAAACAGAGCAGCUGUUCUGCUGGCAUGUUUUUGAAGAACGUUCAGGUCGCUCAACUGCCUAGAGCGAGAGGACACUAAAUGCCAAUAUUCCAAAGCCUUAAGGUAAAUGAUAAACAAUAAUAAGAUAAAAUCACGAACAUGUCACUAAAUAUAUUUCAUAGUUCAGCAUUUUUUACGUGAAAACCUAUACUUUUCUGCGGUGCGCCCCUGGUAUAUUUUAAAAUAAAAAAUGAGCCUUCGGUUGUACUUAGAAACUUCUUGAUCGCAUAUACGCACCUGCGACCCUUAUCGCGGAAAACAAUUAAAAUGCGUGGCAAAAAUGUAGAGCCGUAACUGCUACCAAGUAGUCAUUGGUAAUAUUUUGUAUCAUUUUUAUGUGUAUAUAUAUUAAUUUUCAUUCAUUUAUUUUUCCAUUUCCGUAACUAUUUAACCAUGAAUCUUGACACUUUAACACUCUGUAGGCAUAAAAGGUUCGCGAGCCCAAAGGAACUUAAAAUUUAUGAAAAAUAUGUCCCUAAAAUCAUGAUACCGAAUUGUGAAACCCCUGUAUUACUCUAAAACGGCUUCAAGAGCUACAACUACGAAAUAUGUCGUUUAAAGAUUGUCGUUUAAAAAUCUAUAUAUACAGAGUUUACAAUCUUACGUCAGAUUAAGUAUACCGGGUGUCAACGAAAUUAUUAGUCGAGCGAUAACUAAAAAAAUGUGUAAAUUUCAAAUUCAGCGAUAUAAUAUAUAAAUACAGUACGGCUAUAUUUGGACGUUGUAUAUUUUUUCGUUUUUGUAUUCUACCGGUAAAUUCAAGUAGAACAUGUUCUUUUUAUCGUCUUCGAUAGUUCUAAUAGUUUUGGAGAUAAUAGGGUAAUACUUACAGUUAAUUUAAAUAAUAAAAAGCAUAUUUUAAAAAAAGAAAAAGACAGAUAGAACACACAUUUGGUUAUUUAUAAAAAAUAGUCUUAUUUUAUUAAAACGUUUUUUUCCUAUUUAAAUUGUCUAAGGAAAAUUGAAAUUUUUGAACCCUAUUAUUAUCUCCAAUAGUUAUGGUUAGUUACAAAAAUGGAAAGUACACAGGGUUUUUCAUUUAGAAUAAGAAAGUUGAUCUUACUUAUUAUAAAUUCAUAAGUGCUAUUCAAAAUGUAGCCCAACUUUAUUUAUAUAACAUCUUCAAUUUUUUUUAAAUUUCGUUGGCUCCUGUAGGUCUUAACUGAUCUAAACAUAAAUAACAAAUGUAAAUCGGAAAUAUUAUCAAUAACUAUGAGCAAGAGCAUGUGAAAAAUGUCGGAUACUUCUCGGUGUUGUAAAAAAAACAGAAAAACAUGUCAACGAAUAGCCAGAUAAUGAAAUUCCUAUAAAUGGACUUUGUAAUUAUUAUUGUAAAGUUGUAAACUAGAAAGGUUAAGCUAAAAAUAUCAAUAACGGUGUUAAUGUUUAGGCAAAACAUAUUAUAACAAACCUGUACAUAAAUUAGAAAUUAUUGUAAAGUACGCUUUCGAAUAAUUUCUGCCUAAUUUCAUGUGAUACCUUUAUGUUUUUUCUUUCUGGAUGUAUAUUGUAAACUUAUUGCGCUUAGCGUAUCUGUCUGAUUCAA